AUGAAGAUCUCAGAGAAACUACAUCAAGCACAUUCAGGGUCUACACGGCCUCCUCCUGCAACUUUCUCAUUCGAGUUCUUUGUGCCCAAGACUUCACAAGGUGUCCAGAACUUGUACGACAGAAUGGACAGAAUGUACGAUUUGAACCCAAUCUUUAUCGACAUUACAUGGAACGCAGGCGGUAGGUCAUCCUCCUUGACCAACGAAAUGGUUUAUACCGCACAAUCCACUUUGGGGUUGGAGACAUGUAUGCACUUGACAUGCACAAACAUGAAGAUUGAACUCAUUGACGAGGCAUUGAGCAAAGCUUACAAAUCGGGAUGCCAGAAUAUAUUGGCCUUGCGUGGUGACCCACCACUCGAUGGAAGCGAGAGCACUGGCGAUUUCAAGUACGCCAAGGACUUGAUCUUGUAUAUAAGAAAGAAAUAUGGCAACCACUUCAAUAUCGGUGUUGCCGCUUACCCAGAGGGCCACCCGGAAGAAGAAGACGAGUCAAAAACAUUGCACUACCUCAAGGAGAAAUGUGAUGCUGGUGCCAACUUUAUAAUCACACAAAUGUUUUACGAUGUUGACAACUUUAUCAGUUGGUGUGCCAAGUUGAGAAAAAUCGGCGUGGAAAUCCCAAUCAUACCAGGAAUCAUGCCCAUCUCCACAUAUGCCGCCUUUAUCAGAAGAGCUAAAUGGUCGGAGAUCAAAAUCCCACCACACUUUCUUGAGGCAUUGGAACCCAUCAAGGAUGACGAUUUCUUAGUCAGAGAAAAAGGUACCGAGUUGGUUAGUGAAAUGUGCCAACAAUUAAUUGAAUCGGGAUACGUUAACCACUUGCAUUUUUACACCAUGAACUUGGAAAAGGCAACAGUUAUGAUUUUAGAAAAAUUGAAUCUCGUCGAAGCUAUCAAAUCGCACGAUUUGGUUGGAGGCACAGAGCUACCAUGGAGAAAGUCAUUGCACCCCGAGAGAUCUAAAGAGUCUAUUCGUCCAAUCUUUUGGCAAAAUAGAAAGUACUCGUACGUGUCCAGAACAGCCACAUGGGACGAGUUCCCCAAUGGUCGUUGGGGUGACUCUAGGUCUCCCGCCUUUGGAGACAUUGAUUUGUGUGCAUCUGAGUUGUUGAGACAAUCACCAAAGCGUGCGUAUGAGCUUUGGGGUACACCAGGAAGCUUGAAAGAGUUGAGCGAUAUUGUUAUUUCCUAUUUGAAAGGCGACUUGAAGUCAUUGCCUUGGUCCGACGGCUCUGUUGGAGACGAUACCAAAGUGAUUGUUGAUGACUUGGUAGAAUUGAACAAGAGAGGAUUGCUCACUAUGAACUCACAACCGGCACUCAACUCAAUCAAAUCUUCAGAGAAAAUCUUUGGUUGGGGACCCAAGAAUGGUUAUGUUUAUCAAAAGCAAUAUUUGGAGUUUUUCUGUCACAAGGAUAUUAUCGUCAAGUUACUCCAAACAAUUGAUGAUUAUAAUAACAACCAAGGAGACGCAUCAUCCGCCAUCAUUUCUUACUAUGCUGUUGAUUUGAAGGGUAACUUGACGACAAACUGUAAUGAUGAUGACAUCAAUGCAGUGACAUGGGGUGUUUUCCCUGGUGAAGAGAUCUUACAACCCACAAUUGUUGAGAAAACUUCCUUUUUGGCAUGGAAAGAUGAAGUUUACCGGUUGUUCUCGGAAUGGAGAAAAGUGCUUACUUCAAAUUUAGCUGAUGUUAAAGAUGAAGACAAGAAAAACUUGCACAAGUUUGAGAAGUUGAUGACCGAGUUCAGCGAGGAUUAUGUUUUGUGUAAUUUGGUGAAUAACGAUUUCAUUGAUUCCAACUCGACUUUAUUCAAUUUGAUUUACGGUUUGAAUUUGCAAGUUUUGGAAUAA